AUGGCUUCCGCAGAACCAAUGCUGUCUCUAUUUAGCUACCCAAGUCCAGCCUCCCACAGUGGUCAUAUCCCACUUCCGACACAACACUUAUCACCAUUUUCUUUGAAUAACAAAUUCCAGCCGACCUCGCACAACACGACUGUAUCAUUCUCGGGCAAUUAUUAUAAUCCCAACAAAUCGAGAGGGCUCUCGGAAACUUUUGGGAAAAUAAAAAAAUGCGAAUUUAAUAAAAUGGAAGGUGAAAGAAUUAUUUCAACAACAAUCACUUCAUCUACUACCAAAUUAGAUAAGUCGGGUAUAAUCACACAACUCUUUUUAAACGAUGAUAGUUUUUCCACCAGAUUAUUUAUCAAUCCAAUGUCUCCAAGUGAAUUUUCAUGGAGCCCAGCUUCUGAAAGUUCAGCCGAGGAAGAAAUCGAAUUAAACGAAGUUAUCUUUAAAUCAUCCGCAUCCUCAUCGUCCUCCUCUGCUCUUGAUGUACAUCGAAUAUCCGCAAAAAUGCUCCAAUCAUCAACAAAAUUACCGCUUAAUUCUAGAUCGUCAAUAAGAAGUUCAUCAAGUCCUUUGCAAAUUUCGUGUCCUCGGCGAUCACAAAGAUCAAAAAAGCCAAAUAAACACGAUCUUAAAGAAGAAAUUUUAGGUCGACGACGUUCUUCUGGUCCAGCAACGCGUCUCAGAGGACAUAAACACAGUGAAGACAAUGAUAAAGAGAAAGAAUAUUAUGAGGCCCGAGCAGCUUCGAUCCCAGAACUUGAAAGCUAUUAUCCUACUAAAUCGAAAACCACAAAUGCUACGCGUGUAGAAGUAAAAGCACUACCUUCCAAAUACGAGGUACUAGGAAAAUGGUCAACGUCACAACGAAAAUCUUUUCUCGUAAAUUAUCUUAAAUACGGAAAAGAUUUCAAACAUAUUGGUUCGGUCUGCAGGAAAUCCAUGAAAGAGGUAGUAGAAUUCUAUUAUUUGUUUAAGCAUACGGACGACUUUCGCACAGCCAAAUCAAUGCGUACAGACGAAGAUGCAUAUUACGCCAGAUUAGUAAAGAUAGAAAGUCAAGCACGGACGUUAAGAAAGACUGCAUUGGUUGGAGGUAGCAUAAAUCAUACACGAAAGGGAAAGAAGAAAAAAAAGACUUCACGUUAUUGA